CCGCAGCCCGCAUCUGCCACCGCAGUCCAGUUGUCGUUGUGUUUUGCGUCCCUGUACCCUAGGUCUGGAGUGAAUCCGCCCGGGAAAGACUCUAGGCCGGGUCCGCAGCACCCUCAUUUCACACAAAGCAGCGCAGCUCCGGGACCGGAGGACCACAGCGGCGCGGCGACUCUCCGUGCACCGUGUGCCCCUACGUCCCUGCCGAGGCAGCCGGAGCGCCCCGAGAGAACGCGCCGCCGCGGAAUCCAGGUGCAGUUUACGACCCUAGCCCGCAGCGCGCGGCCGCGGGAGAGCGGGGAGCGGCAAGCAGGGAGCGGGACAGCGGCGAGGCGCUCGCGGGCCCCUCCUGCUGCCCGCGCCGGGCGAGCUCAUGGCGGCCAUCCGCAAGAAGCUAGUGGUGGUGGGCGACGGCGCGUGCGGCAAGACGUGCCUGCUGAUCGUGUUCAGUAAGGACGAGUUCCCCGAGGUGUACGUGCCCACCGUGUUCGAGAACUAUGUGGCGGACAUCGAGGUGGACGGCAAGCAGGUGGAGCUGGCACUGUGGGACACGGCAGGCCAGGAGGACUACGAUCGUUUACGGCCGCUCUCCUACCCGGACACCGACGUCAUCCUUAUGUGCUUCUCGGUGGACAGCCCGGACUCUCUCGAGAACAUCCCCGAGAAGUGGGUACCCGAGGUAAAGCACUUCUGCCCCAAUGUGCCCAUCAUCCUAGUGGCCAACAAAAAAGACCUGCGCAGUGAUGAGCAUGUCCGCACGGAGCUGGCCCGCAUGAAGCAGGAGCCAGUGCGCACGGAUGACGGCCGCGCCAUGGCGGUGCGCAUCCAAGCCUAUGACUACCUCGAGUGCUCGGCCAAGACCAAGGAGGGCGUGCGCGAGGUUUUCGAGACGGCCACGCGCGCCGCGCUGCAGAAGCGCUACGGAUCCCAGAAUGGCUGCAUCAACUGCUGCAAGGUGCUAUGAGGGCCGCGCCCUGCCUCACGCCCUUGCCUGCGUGGCUCCCCCUCCUUGGCCCGGUCGCCCACGAACCGGGAGAAAGGGAGACCCGUGCCCCCAAGGACACCACCAGACUGCCUGACAUCUGCUGGUGGCUCUGGCUGGUCAUGCUGAGAAUUAGCGUGGGCACCGAGCUCCCCCUUCCCAGUGUCUGUAUGUGUCCAGCUGUGUGGCACAGGCCUGGGCGCCCUGCUGAGUGCCAAGGGGUUCCUGAGCAUCCUUUUCUAAAGAGCCAGGCCUCAAAGUGUGGUUGUGUGUACGUACGACUCCCUACACCCCCCCCAACUCCUGCCCCACCCCCCCUCCUCUGGCUUCCCCAGGGGCACACAGAGUGAUCGCGCCCCAGCAGAUGUUCGCUUGUAACCAGCCAAGCCACUACUGUUGCUCCAUGUCUGUAACAUAGAUCCCUGGAAUUAUGGGAGGGGAGGGCUGGGGAGGAUGGGGAUGUUACAUAAAUACAGAUUUUAUUUUCGGAGGCAGAAUGGUAUUGUUUAGUGGUGAGUGGUGUGACCAGGGCCCAAGAGCAACUCCUUUCCCAGGCAGGCUGGGUCAGGCGCCCACCCAUCCAAGCAUGAACUGAACUUCCACACCCUGGGGAAGACAUUCGCUGCAACUGACUUGGGGUUGAGAGGAAGCAGCUCAGACACAGUGUCUCCUGGGCCAACCCCCAGCGAACCUCCAGCGAGGAUCCAGGGUGUGCUAUGGGGUCACUUUUGCCAUAAGCGAACUUUGUGCCUGUCCUACAAGUGAACGCUGUUGGGUUCAAGAGACUAUUGUUACUGAAUUUAUUUAAAGGCUGAGGCUCUUUUUGUUGU